AUGUUAUACUGGAGCUGUUGCGAAUCAAACUGUUACAUUGAAGAUGAGAGUGAUGAUGAACACGGUGAUGGACGUUGCAGAUCUGCGAUGAAGAUGCACGAGGAGGUGAAGAUGGAAACUAAAGAAAACAAUGAAGAAGAUGAUGAAGGUGAUGAUGAGGUUGUAGGGAUGAAGAGUAGUCAUUUUUGUGUUGCAUAUAAAUAUGAUAGAGAUAUUGAUGCGGUUCAGAGAGAGAGGUUGAAAGGUGAAUCUUGA